GUCCUCAUCGUCCAGCUCCAUUCGGGGCCUGUGGCCAGCGGUGGCACCCAGGUCGGCUUCCAUAGCAGUGUGCAUCUGGGGUCCCCAGAGCUCUGCUGGACACGGAGUGGUGCCUGAUGGAGUCUCACUCUGCUGCCCAGGCUAGAGUACGGUGGUAUGAUCUCGGCUCACUAUAACCUCCACAUGCUGGGUUAAAGUGAUUCCUGGGCCUCAGCCUCCCAAGUAGCUGAGACUACUGACACGUGCCACCGGGCCUGGCUAAUUUUUUUUUUUUUUUUUUUUUUGAGUUAGAGUCUCCCUCUGUUGCCAGGCUGGAGUGCAAUGGCAUGAUCUCGGCCCAAUGCAACCUCCGCCUCCUGGGUUCAAGCGAUUCUCCUGCCUCGGCCUCCUGAGUAGUUGGGACUACAGGCACCUGCCACCACACCCAGCAAAUUUUUGUAUUUUUAGUAGAGAUGGGGUUUCACCACGUUGGCCAGGCUGGUCUUGAUCUCUCGACCUCGUGAUCUGCUUGCUUUGGUCUCCCAAAGUGCUGGGAUUACAGGCGUGAGCCACUGUGCCUGGCCAGCCAACUUUUUAAAUUUUUAGCAGAGACAAGUUCUUGCUAUGUUGCCCAUGCUGGUUUUAAACUCAUGAGCUCAAGCAGUCCUCCUACCUCGGACUUCUAAAGUGUUGAGAUUACAGGCUUGAUCCACCGUGCCCAGCUAGACUUCAUCUCCUGCCAUGUGGAAUCCCAAUGUGUCUGGGUAGACUAACCCAGAGGCUUCCAAAAAUUGUUAAAGGGAUGGAAUUUUGUCUUUAAAUAAAGUAUUUUAGUAGAACUCCUAUAUGAACUAAAAGGGGGUGCUUCAACUAAGGGGGGAAGAGUACCCCCCCGUAGGGUUCCAGGGAACACAGUUUGAAGACCACUUGGUCUGCUCAUCACAAGGCCCCUUUAUGCCUGCUUUCCUGCGGUUCGAGUGUUUAGGAUUCCAAGAAGGGAGGGCUCUCGUUCCCAUAGGCCCAGGGGACCCAAAGGUAGGGAGUCUGUGGCAGUGGGAACCCCCUCCCCUCCGGUGAGUGUCAUCAUGGGUCUCAGGAUGAGGUCCGGAUCUCAGGACCCUGACAGCCUGGGGCCAGGAGGGCCAUCCUGGGAGCCCCGGUGCCUUUCCAGCAGCUUCUGCCCCCCAUGGCCCUCUCCCGCUUCCCACAGCUCAGGCAGGAGGUGACCCCUGUUUGUCUCCUGGAGCUGCUAAACAGAGAAGGGGAGGGGCUCUGCAGUGGGAUGACGGUGAGGGCAAGGGCAAUUGGGGGGCACCCAGACCUGGGAUGCAAGAGGCCUGCAGCCCCACCUUGCCCUCCCUGCUGGCAGAGGGCCCUGAGAGCCCAGGUGGUGGUGCAGCCCGGGGACGGAAUGGAUGCCCCCAGGCCCAGGCUCCAGCCACUUGGUCUUGUACCCGCAGCGCUCCUCCUCCAGCUUACCCCCCUCUGCUGUCUCCAUUCCCUGUUGGAUCAGAGCCCAGGCAUCCCCAGCCCCAGGCCCUGACCAGUGAGGCCUGGCUUACCUGGGAGGCUCAGGCCGAUGGGCGGAAGGAGCAGGGCGUGCCUGCCUGCCCAGUGCUCGAGCUGUCUCCCCGGCCCUCACCGGGGCCUCCUGUGUGGCGCCUGGCAGCGCUAAGGCGGGUGGGCAGGAAACCCAAGCUGAGAGGACAUCAAUCAUUCAUAGGGCUGCUUGCCGGGAAACCCUAACCCUGGCCCAGUAGGGCCAAGUGACCAGCCAGACCCCCUCCCCCAGCCCUCACGAGCCUGGAGAGUCAGACCCUCCUCCCCCAGGCCACUCCGGCCCACCUCCUCCCACAUCACCCCCUGUGCCCCUCAACCCAGCAUUUGAGGCAUCUGUGAUCUGGCCUCUUCCUCCAUUUCACAUGCCCUCUGCUCUGGGCAGGACGUCACCCGUGGGGGGCCUCUGUGGACCACUUGCUCAUCCUUUCCCACCUCCCAGCCGUUGUCCAAGUGCUUCCUCCCUCCUAAGAUGCCUUCCCUGGUCGUGUGUCUAACAAAGGCCUCCACCCGUUUCACACAGCCGGGCUGAGUCCUCCGCACCCUGGCUUUAUUCCCCACAUCUUAUAGAUGGGGAACCUGAGGUUGGGAGGGGAGUUUGCUGGGUCUCCUGACUAAUAAGUAGCAGGUCUGGCAUCUGAGGCUCAUGGCAGCCACCAUGUCCCGGUGCCCUUUGCUUCUGACCAAGGACAGUUCUCUGGACCCAUCUGGCUCUGCCAUGGCCAGCCCUGGAGCAGAGCACUGGGAUUAGGGCCGGGGCUGCCUGCCUCACUUACCCUAAUCCCCCUCAGAGCCCGAUCUUAGGCUCCCAGCUCUAAGAAUGGGGGUGCAUAAGCAGCUUUAUGAGUCCUGAGAGCCAAGGGUGCCCAGGAGUGCUGUGUCUCUGAGCCCCGUCAUCCCUCCCCCAUGGCCACAGAGCAGGUGAGUGGGCAGCAUGGCCCAGACCCAGCCCCUGGCCCUCAGAAGACCCCUGUGACUCCCAAGAGUGAUGCAGAGGAGCCCCCGAUGACCAGGAAGAGGAGCAAGAAGGAGAGGGGGCUCCAAGGGUCCCGGAAGCGCGCUGGCAGCUCUGGGGACCAGGCAGGCCCGGAGGCCCCAGGGAGCAGCAAGAACCCUCCCAGGACUGGAGAGGGGCCCGCAGGGGUACCCCCUGCAUCCCCUGGGCCAGCCUCUUCACGCCAGUCCCACCGACAUCGUCCUGACUCCCGGCACGACGCUGCUCAGAGGACAUACGGGCCCCUGCUCAAUCGAGUCUUCGGGAAGGACCGAGAGCUGGGCCCGGAGGAGUUAGACGAGCUUCAGGCUGCCUUCGAGGAGUUUGACACCGACCAUGACGGCUACAUCAGCCACCGGGAGCUGGGCGACUGCAUGCGGAUCCUGGGCUACAUGCCCACGGAGAUGGAGCUCCUGGAGGUCUCCCAGCACAUCAAGAUGCGCAUGGGUGGCCGUGUGGACUUUGAGGAGUUUGUGGAACUGAUAGGCCCAAAGCUGAGGGAGGAGACGGCGCACAUGCUGGGGGUGCGGGAGCUGCGCAUCGCCUUCCGAGAGUUUGACAGGGACAGGGAUGGACGAAUUACCGUGCCAGAGCUGCGGGAGGCAGUGCCGGCUCUGCUCGGGGAGCCACUGGCGGGUCCUGAGCUGGACGAGAUGCUCCGAGAAGUGGACCUCAAUGGGGAUGGCACCGUAGACUUUGAUGAGUUUGUGAUGAUGCUCUCCCGCCACUGAGGCUCCAGGAGGGUGUAUCUGUUGCCCCCGGACCCCAGAUACCAGCAGGACCCAGGCUGCGCCCCUUCUCCCAGGAGGUGCCAGGAUGGAGAUGGAAGGGACCCAACAGCCCCCAGACUUCUUCUAUCCCUGAAAACACCUGGCCUCAAGGUCUGCUUGUUAUGUCAUUCACACAGCCUCAUCCUCACCUCCCCCGACUCAAGCUGCCUCAGCUCUCAGCUGCCCACCGUUCCUCAGUGUGAGCAAGAUUUGGGUCCCUCCAGAGCCCUGAAACAGGGAGUUCCCUGGCAGUGGCAGCGUUCAGUGCCUCCCCCGCCAAGUGGCAUGAUGAACUGAGAGGGUGGCUGGACCCCUCCUGCUACUUAUGUUUAUAAACUUUUUUUUUUGAGAUGGAGUCUUGAUCUGUAGCCACGGCUGGAGUGCAGUGGUGCAAUUUCAGCUCACCGCAACCUCCGCCUCCUGGGUCUGGUUCAAGCAAUUCUCCUACCUCAGCCUCCCAAAGUGCUGGGAUUACAGGCAUGAGCCACCAUGCCCAGCUAAUUUGGGUAUUUUUUAGUAGAGACGGGGUUUCACCAUGUUGGCCAGUCUGGUCUCGAACUCCUGACCUCGUGAUCUGCCUGCCUCAGCCUCCAAAAGUGCUGGGAUUACAGGUGUGAGCCACCAUGCCCAGCCUAUACAUGUUUUUUUUUUUUCGUGAACUUGAGCCAGGUGUGGUGGCUGACACUUGUAAUCCCCGCUGUUACUAAGGGGCAGAGGUGGGAGGAUACCUUGAGCCCAGGAGAUCGAGAGACCUGCCUGGACAACAUAGCGAAACCCAUUCUCAACAAAAAAGAAAAAAAAAAAAAUAAGGAAAAACAAGUGAACUUGAAAGAAAGGGAUGGCCCAAUGUAUCAAAGACAAAGAGAGAAACUGAAGCUGGGACUGUAGGAGCUGAUCCCGUGGGGGUUUCAGAUGCAGAGAGGGCCUUGGGCGCCUAGGCUCCUACACCCAUAAGUGACAGAAGAACUGGGGAGAAAGAAACAAACAUUCCACGGUCUCUAAAGGCUAAGAUAUGAAUCUGUCUGCACCGACCAGUAGGAGUGAGGAUACAAACGUUCAGGGUCGGGAGUGGAAAGAGCUGCUCUAGAGAGCCCGGAACUCCAGGGUCUGCCCUUCAAGCAGGGCAUCGUCUAUCUUCGGGUGUGAAAAGCUGAAAACGACUGGAAAACCCCCUGCUGAGCAGAGGUACACUUUCAACCCACCUGGGCACAUGGAACUUCUAAAAACAAAAGCAAACCCCAAAAACCCUGCUGUUCCCAAGGGUGAACUCGUGAUGAAAACUACAGAUUACUGGGCCAGAAGUGGUGGCUCACGCCUGUAAUCCUAGCACUUUGGGAGGCCAAGGCAGGUGAACCUUCUGAGGUCAGGAGUUGGAGACCAGCCUGGCCAACCCAGGUGAGAUGGUGUGAAACCCUGUCUCUACUAAAAAUACAAAAAUUAGCUGGGCGUGGUGGUGUGCACCUAUAAUCCCAGCUACUCUGGAGGCUGAGUCAGGAGAAUCGCUUGAACCUGGGAGGCGGAGGCUGCAGCCAGCUGAGAUCGUGUCAUUGCACCCCAGCCUGAGUGACAGAGAGAGACUCUGUCUCAAAAACAAAACAAAACCAACCUACAGAUUAUAAAAGUAAAGAACCACCACGAGGGAGCGGAGGCAGAGACAAAAACAAGAGGACUGGCGUCUCCGUGUCCAUCACACAGCUGCCUAAGAGACCACAAGACACACGCAAAGAAAAGAGGGCUGAAAGGGGAAGAGACCAGCGUGCAGUAACAGGAUGGUACAGAGAGAACCAGAAGAUUUAAAAAGUAACCCAACAGGCCAGGCGUGUGGCUCACGCCUGUAAUCCCAGCACUUUGGGAGGCCCAGGCAGGUGGAUUACUUGAGUUCAGGAGUUUGAGACCGGCCUGGGCGACAUGGUGAAACCCUGUUUCUACUAAAAGUACAAAAAUUAGCCGGGCGUGGUGGUGCUCGCAUCUGUAGUCCCAGCUACUCUGCAGGUUGAGGUGGGAGGAUCGUUUGAGCCCAGGAGGCAGAGGUUGCAGUGAGCAGAGAUUGAACCACUGUACUCCAGCCUGGGUAACAGAGUGAGAAUCCGUCUCAAAAAAAAAAAAAAAAAAAAAAAUUAAUGGAUAAGCUAAAGAGCAGAUUAAACACAAUUUAAAGAAGAUUAAUGAACUGGAAGCUAGAUCUGAGAAAUGACUUAUAAUGUAACACUGAGAAACAAAAAGAUGGAAACAUUUAAGGGUAACUAAACGUCACUGGAAGACUGGGUGUGGUGGCUCAUGCCUGUAAUCCCAGCAUUUUGGGAGGCUGAGGCAGGAAGAUCACUUGAGGCCAGGAGACCAGCUGGGCAAACAUAGCAAGACCCUGCCUCUACAAAAAUAUUUAAAAUAAAUAAAUAGGCUGGGCGAGGUGGCUCACGCCUGUAAUUCCAGCAUUUUGGGAGGCCAAGGUGGGCGGAUCACCUGAGGUCAGGAGUUCGAGACCACCCUGGCCAACACAGUGAAACCCUGUCUUACAAAAUAAAUAAAAACAAACAAAUAAAUAAAUAACUUAAAAAGCUGGGUGUGGUGGCUCAUGCUUGUAGUCCCAGCUAUUCAGGAGCCUGAGGUGGGAGGAUCACUUGAGCCCAGGAGUUGGAGGCUGCAGUGAGCUGUGAUUGGGCCACUGCACUCCAGCCUUGGUGACAGAGUGAGACCUGUUUCAAAGAAAAAGAAAGGGAAGUCCUUGGGAGUCUCAGAGGAGGAAAUAUUUAGAGACUAGGCAAGAAGCGAUAAUCAAAGAGACAGUGGCUGAAGAUUUUCCAUAAAGACUUCCACAGACUUCAAGUCCCCGGAUUGAAGGAACAAGCUGAAGUCAGAGUAGGGUAAAUAAAAAUAAAUGUGUAUCUGGAUACAUCCCACUGAAACUGCAGAAUACAAAAAGAAAAUCUUAUAAAUAACUGGAGUGAAAAGUCAGAUUCAUGGUGUUCCAUCAAAGUGUUCAUGUAGACUAGAGUCAGGACACUUUCCGUAAAGGGCUGGACAGUAAUUAUUUCAGGCUUUGAGGCUUCCGUCUCUGUUGCAGCUGCCCACGCAACUCUUGUCGAAGUUUGUAGUGCAAAGCAAAGUUAUCAACGAAUGAGUGGCCAUGUCAGAAAUUUAAUAAAUAAAACUUCAUUUAUUGACAUGGAAAUUUGAA